GGAUUUCUUUAGGAAUACGGGUAGGGGGAAAGAUAACGUCGCUGACCGGGACGUUAAAACGGUUAGCAGCGAGUGGGCUGUUAGCCUUAUUUUGAUUAGGUUUGGCGUCUUUGUAAAUCAAAAUAAUGCCCGAUCAGGUUGAUAUUCCGACGUUGUCGGAUUUGAACGUUGAAGAGGUAAACGUCUCGUCAGCCGUCCUGAAGGCCGCCGCGCAUCACUACGGCUCGCAGUGCGACAAACCCAACAAGGAGUUCAUGCUGUGCAGGUGGGAGGAGAAGGACCCCAGGAAGUGUCUGAACGAAGGGAGGAAAGUCAACGAGUGCGCACUUAAUUUCUUCAGGCAGAUUAAGGGGAACUGUGCCGAGUCGUUCACCGAGUACUGGACCUGUCUGGACUAUUCCAACCUGGCCGAGCUCCGUCACUGCCGUAAGCAGCAGAAGCAGUUUGAUAACUGUGUGUUGGAGAAGCUCGGCUGGGAGAGACCGGAACUGGGAGACCUGUCCAAGGUGACCAAGGUGGCGACCUCUCGGCCCCUUCCCGAGAACCCGUACCACUCGAGACCGAGACCCGAGCCCAACCCUGUGAUCGACGCGCCGCUCGAGCCCGCCAAGCACGGCAGCCGUCUGUUUUUCUGGAACUGGUGAAGAGAGACGUUUCAUUUUUCCCCACUGAACCCGCCGACGCUGCCCUCAGACAUUUCCAGAACCCGACAGACGGACAGUAGCGGAACCGGUGCUUCAACCACAGCACCAGUCUGCUAUCCUACUUGUAGAAAUGUAUUAAAUAAACACAGUUAUUCAUGUGUUGUGGAUUAAAUAAGUUUCAUUCAAA